AAGAGGCGCCGAGGAACCAACAAGGUACCCGGACUCCUGGUGGCAGUGGAUCUCCGGAAAGCUUUUGACACCGUUGAGCAUUCGGCAGUGAUCGAGGCACUCGAAGAGAGCGGCGCAGGCGCCCGCAUAAUCAAUUUCAUGACAAGUUUCCUCAAGAAUCGUACCUUUGAGAUCAGCUUGGGCGCCCAGCAACCCCGCAUGUUCCAGAAUUUUCGUGGAGUACCUCAAGGAGCCAUCCCUUCGCCGACCCUUUUCAACUUAGUCAUGAGAAAAAUAGCAAGAGUGUUGCGCGCUGUCCCACACCUUCAGCACACAACUUAUGCGGACGACAUCACCCUUUGGGUGGACCCCCGUAACACAAAGCUCGACACUAAAGAAACGGUCGUAACCAAGCAGACGGCCCUAGAUGCCAUUGACCAGUGCCUGAAUACUACGGGCAUGCAACCUUCUCCAGAGAAGACCGCCUUCCUCAUCGUGGGCGGUCUUGAGCAGAACAGAGCUCAAAUACAGCUGACCCUGGUCGGCCAGUCUGUUCAGCGCUCCCUCAAACGUCGGAUUCGCAUAUUGGGAGUCCCACUGCACGAACAAGGAGGAGCGCAAGAGUGGAUCAAGCUACUCAAACCCAAGUGGCGACAAGAGCUCCAAGUCAUUAAGAGAAUGGGCAACCGCCUCGGUGGCGCGGGCACGCGCACCAUCCGCUUGCUCACUCAAGCAGUCCUCACCUCAAAAGCCUGCUAUGGAGACGCAUGUUUCAUCCUGACCAAGGGGCAGUACGAACAGCUGGAGAUAGUGCAUCGGGAAUACCUGCGUGCAAUCACGGGUCUCCCAAGACACACUAAGGCGGAAGAGCUGCAUCGGUACUCGAACCUUCCGACUCUACAAGCCAUCAUUGAGACCCGCGUUUCCUGCCAUCAGUGGCGCCGGACGUCGACUAGAGCCGGUCAACGUCUUCUGCAAUUACAUGGUUGGUGGCCUCCCGUAGGAGAAGUCCCGCCUCUGAAGAGCAUGUCACCAUGGGAGGACAUUAUGGUCAGGAACCCCAAGCCGCUCACUCGCAAAUAACAUCGCGAAGAACAUUCGGAAGAAAGAGCUGCAGUCGCUGCGCGGGCAGACCUCGUGGAGCACCCGGUCUUCACAGACGCCGCGUGGUGCCAAGGACGAAGCGGGCCACACUCGCCUACGCUAUUGGCCAGGACCGAUAUGCUCAUACACUUCAAUACGACAGCGAUCCUAGCACGAGCCGCCUCGAACUUGAUGCAAUACACCUGGCACUAUCUCGAAGAAGAUAGUGCCAGGUCCAAUUCGACCCAGGGCCAAUUCGACCCAGUGGACGUGCCUACCCUUGUAACCAUCUUCACGGAUUGUAGGGAAGCCCUUGCCCGUUUGGGGAAAACUCCUCGCGAAGGGACGCUCUGCCAGCGAAUCAAGAGUCUGUGCUCGUAUUUGAAAAACACCAAAGGUACUGAGGUGAGAGUGGACUGGGUCCCGGGACACGCGGGCGGCAUCGGCAACGAGUCUGCACACGCGUGGGCGAGCGAGCAUAGGGAAGACCGCUCCAACCCAGGGAUCUUCGUCCCCUUUGCGCCGCCGGACCCAGACCCCCUAGAGAAGAAAUCUGCGGCCCGACAAGAGGAUGAGCGUCGGCUGCGAGAUCAAACACCGCACAACCCGGCACCGUUACCCAAGUGUUUACCCAGAGGGGCACAAGUGUUAAUACACAAGGCCCGCACAGGAGCUGUGCUCACCGAAGACAUACUCGCUCGGUGGCGUAGCUAGAAGCCAC